AUGACUACAAAAAAGUCUGUUCAACAAACUGCUGGGACAGCAGCAAGCACAAGACAACGGGAAAUUCUUCCCAGCUUGACAGUUGGCGCAGAGCUAGAUGGUACUAAGGUCUACCACAACAUUGGAGCAACCAAUGGCCAGAAUAACAAUUCGAACCAUAGUCCCAUCGGUCAGGCUCUUACUACAGGAGAAUAUAUAAAGUACCACCUUCCAACGGUUUUGAGAUUGAUUCGUUCUCAAACACGAGCAGUUCUGGCAACAAUGCCAUUGACAGUCAAUGAGAGCGCCUUCUCAACAUCCAACCAUCCCAUUGCUGAUGUAGUGCAGAACUACACACAUCAGCAAGCUGAAGUAAAGUCUGUUUCGUCUGCAGUUGUGGAAGAGAAAACCCGAAGACAUAUUUUGUAUAUGCUUCAAAGGGCAAAAGCUUUGCCAGAAAAGAUAGCUCAACAAAAUCGGAUUUCUCGACGCCGGUCCAGAAAGAGAAACAUUCUUGCAGACUACAAGGCAAUUCACUUAGCUGACAAGGCAAUCCUUAAGUCUAAGUUUGGUGAGACUGUCGUUGACAUUCUGGACUAUGACAUGUUGUCUGAUAUUGAGUCAGAUGAGAAGAAAAAUAAAACUAGAUAUACUCCUAGAAAUAGACAUCACUUGGUGAAUGAAUACUUUACUGUUUUGAAGAAAAAGAGACUUGCUAACAAGGGACCAGACGUCAUUGGAAAUUCUGUCUAUCCAAUUAUUUUGAGAAACACUGAGUUAUCGAAUGAGAAAAAUUCAACACGAAGCAUGAAUGCAGACGAUGCACUGGAACAAUGCAUGAAGAACUCUCUUCCAUGUACUCCUUCUCCCACAACUCUAGACCUUGUUCAACUAACACUGGAAAAAUAA